CCAGAGUGUUUUGGUCAUGGGUUCAGUACUCGUAGUGGUGGUGUCUCCUCCAUCCCAUCCUUGUCCUCUCUGAACCUGUUCAGCAGCAGGAGGAGGAGGGACCCCGAGGCCGUGGUGACGGAGAACCGACGGCGACUGGGCCUCCAUGCCGGGUUCUACCCUCGGCCUCUUCGUCUGGUCAAGGUGGACCACGGCAGCCAUGUUUGGGUCGUGGGCCGAGCCGAGCCGGAGCGCUACGACGCAAUGGUGACGGACCGGCCCGGUGUGGUGGUGGGGGCUCCAGGAGCCGACUGUAUGACGAUCCUAUUGGCUGACCAGAGGAAGAGGGUCAUCGGAGCCGCUCACGCAGGCUGGAAGGGGACGCUGAUGGGCGUUGCCAUGGCGACGGUGGGGGCCAUGGUGACGGUAUUCGGUUGCCGGGUCACAGACAUCGUGGUUGCCGUGGGACCCUCGAUCGGAGGAUGUUGUUUCACGCUGAACAGAGAUCAGAUCAACGACUUCACUCAUGUACACGAGGACUGUGUCACUGAUCCAGAGUCAGACAGACCGCACGUCAACAUACGACUCGCCAACAGGUGGGAGGUGGGGGGGGGGGGACAGUAAGGAGGACGGUAGGGAGGACAGGAGGGCAGUAGAAGACGGUAGAGGACAGUAGAGGACAGUAGAGGACGGUAGAAGACAGUAGAAGACAGGAAGGCAGUAGAAGAC